AUGCUGCCGGCAUCAACGGCGAACGUCCGCAGUCGCCGCAAUGCCCUCGAAGAUAUUGAAAUGGCGGAAUAUCCCACGUCGCAACGAGAGGGCCGGGCUGCGGUACCUCAAGGUUGCCCGACACCCGGCAGGACUAGAAGCCGUGGCAGCAGUCGGGGCCGCAACCUUGCCAUUCACGAGCUAUUUGGCCUUGGGAACCAGGAGGAGCGCAGUAGGUAUCCAGGGGUGGACCGGUUCUUCCGCCAUGUGGAAAAGGAGUGCUUCCCCCGGUUCGCCGAGUUCGAUAAAGCGAUGUGGCCCCUGAUGAACGAAGUGUACACCACGAGCCACUCCCAGCAAUGGAAAUGGUGUGCCCUUGUCAUCCGAACUUGCAGGCGUUUGCAGAACAGCAAUCCAACUGUCGAGGAGUUGGCUACAGAAUUCCUGUCUGCGCACGGCCAGGAAAAUGUGAGUUUUGGGGAACUCGGAGAGAACGUUCAAUUUGCAAUUGUGAAAGCAUUACUGCACACUCUAUGCUGGCUCUCGGUAACAAUCAUGCCAGUCGUGGAAAAGCAGGAUCUGGUUGAUGUCAGGACUCCAAACGGACCGGCGAAGGCUUUAUCGCUGACGGCCCUGUACAACGGGAUGAAGGUCAGCCGUCCAGUGACCCUAAAUUCCACUUUGGGUCAGUUAUUCCACCAAAUCAAUCAGGCCGCCGUUCCCAUACCAAUGGAGGAAGGGGGGAUGGAUGGCCAAAGGUUUACUCGUGCUACUGGCGAUGUUGUGCAUGAACCAUGCGUGACCUAUACAUCCCUUAGGAAGUAUGCUGGUGUUCGCCUGAAAUGGGUGAGUACCCUGAGUGAGCACCUGUCACUGGACCGAGACACUGGUGUCCUGUCUGUCUUCCGGUACCCAUCGGUCUGCGCUGUUCGCAUACAGAACCGGAAUAAAUGUAAAGUGAUUUCCAAUAUCACGAAUUGGCUGCUCCCCAGUCGGGACUAUGGGUGGCCUAACAGCGUGGGCAACGAGGAAAGAGUGUGCCAACAGGUAAUCCUGUCCUAUCGGCUCCUGUUUGGGCAGAGAACGGCAUCCCGCAGACGACUGAAAGAAGAGUUGGACGAGUUGGACAAGUCAACUGAGGAGUCAACGCCCUAUGACCCGUUUAUCCUGCAAUGCAUUGGCAAGGUGCCCAGCACCUGGAGGGUUUGGGCCGGCAUCGCAAAGCCAGAUACACCCUUCAGCGCCGCGACUCUGCCAGCUCGUUGUCGUCGGGAUGACGGCUUCAUAAAGGAGUGGAGCACGUAUUUUGCGUGGAUACAUUUCUCCAGUUUUAGAUGGCGACUGUUGGCAAUUCAGGCUUUUGGCAAUGACCACUCACCAGCUGAAUUCCUGGGGUUUCUCAUGGAUCCGCGGGAUCCAAUAAGGCGAGAUACUGCCCGAGUCAGUGUGCUCGCUGUGGUGCUCGCGGUCUCGUUUGGUACACUACAAACGUCCAUUGCUGCGCGGCAGCUUAUGGAGGUGCAACCGUGA